CCCCAGACUGUUUCACUGAAAUGCCGGCUGGCUUCAGGCUCUCAGGGCUCAUCAGUCACGCAGCGUGCUGGCUUUCGCUGGCGAAAUAUAUGCUGAAAUCCCCGGGUUACAUAAUACCGUUUUAUAGACCUGACCUUUCGUCAAGGGACUGAACGCCGGCUCACACAACGUUUUUCUCGUCAAUCCCGGGGGAUUUUAUUCUUCUCUGCAUCGCCCUGCAUUGCAACGGAAUGGGAGCAAUGGAUGAAUUUAAAGUGGGACGUGGAUACAGGUUGAAGGACCGGGGACAACAGGAGGAACAGAAGCCUGCAGUAGCCUGAUAUAGCGCUCAUGGCCAGCAUGACCUACAUACCACAGAGCUUAAAGGACACAUCUCCAGGACAUCUCUGCUGUAUGGAUCCAUUAGACAGUAACUGACGUGCUGUUCAACCUUGUAACACAGUAAUAAGUGACCUUCGUUUUUAUUUCCUGCAGCAGGACUAUGCAUGACACGUGAAUGUGUAUACGACUGAACAAAGACAAUCAUCCAUGCAGACCAUGUCCUAUGCAAAAUAAGGGAGCAAGACCAAGAGCAUGAUAAGAGUUACGUGCUGGAUGUUUUGCUGAUCUUCUGUAAAGCUCUGGGGUCAAAGAGGAAAUCAGAAGGAAAGUUAAUCAAGCAAGUGGCCUGAGGCUUCUGGAUACUACACUCUCCCUGCCAUUCUCUCCCAGGAAACUGCUAGAAUAUAGACCGGCUCUGUUCUUUAGAUUAGCCUACAGCGAACGAGACUGGCAGUGGAGCCAAGAUCAAAGGUCCAAAGAAGAGCAGGGUUGAAAGGUCCUUUUGGGCUAGAACAGCCUGCAAAUGCCUUAUCAACUCAUGAGCAACAGAUUGUAAGGCCGUGGUCGCUAAUAAUGCUGUGAUCAGCAAUAAAGUCAACAGCCAAGUAAUAAAACCAGAAUAACUUUGCUGGAAAAGUCAGAUCCUAAUAGAUUUUUGUGGCUGUCAGCAACUUAAACUGUUGCAAUCAUGCUUCUGAACUGUGGUCAGCCAUUACCUCUUCUGAGGCAUACAGAUGUGCCACCUCGGGUCAUAGAAAACUUUAUCCUGACUGGCUACCGCUUCCCAAACUACAGCCUGAGGGAUUGCUUACUUUCAGCAUUCAGGCCUACCAAUGAAACAGGCAACUUCUGGACGCACUUCCUCCCAGUUUUCAUUUUUUUAUACCAUUUUGUGGAGGUGUUUGGUUGGGAGGGUGCACCACAUGGUGAUGCCCCGUUCUUCUAUCCAUUGUGGAACUACUUUAUUGGUGUGUUCUGUCUGCUAAUGGCUAGCAGCAUGGCCCACCUGCUCAAUUCGAUGUCUCUGGUUGUAAGAGAAGUCUGCUUCUUCGUGGAUUACGGCACUAUUAGUUCCUACACUGUUGGCUCAUCAUUGGCAUACUACUACUACAUCCACCCUCGGGCAGGGAUAGUGGAGACAGGAGGCCAUAAUGGCUCCCAUAUGGACUUGAAACAUGAACCACCAGGGACUUCAACAUCAUCCUAUGCAAUCCCAGAGUUCAGUGUAUUCUUUGAGACCUUCUACAUCCCGUGCGCAUGUGUUGUAGCAAUCAUUUGUGUCUUAUCUUGCUGCAAUACUCGCCAGAGGUGGAGGCAGCAUCGAUACGUCAUCCGGACCCUUGUUUUCCUCCUCCCAUUCCUCAUCUCUUCCACACCGGUCUUCUAUCGCCUCCUCACCAGAUCGCCUUAUUCCACCAACUCCUCCUCCUUUGUUGCUUCCGGUUCCAUGCCCAAUUUCUUCUAUCGCCACUGCCUCUGGCUGCUGGUAUCAGCCGUCUUCAACAUCAGCAAGUUCCCAGAGCGGCUGGCCCCAGGUCGCUUUGACAUCUGGGGGCACAGCCACCAGUGGUUCCACUGCUGCACGUUUUUGUCCAUCCUCGAUGAACUUCACAUGAUCAAAGCUGAGGUGAGGGCCAUCCUGCUCAGCCCGACUCUGCUGCUGCCCCCUGCCACCCUCUCCCGCCUACCUGGACCCACCAUAGCCUCCACCUAUGGGGUGAUGCUCCUCCUCCAGACCACCAUCAUCUCCAUCAUCGUGUGGUUCUCCUGGUGUGCCAACUGCAUCUAUGGACCUCAGAGAGACCAGCUAGCAAAGGAACACCUCAAGAAACCACUGAAAUGUCACUGAUCACACAGACAUCUUUCUCAAUCAUGUCGAGGCGAAGGGAGAUUUGCACAUGCGUACAGAGCCAUGCCACAAAGAGAAGCACACAAGUAAAACAAUAUUUCCCAGGCGAUUUCAAGUCCCUCAUAUGUUCCAAACCCUUUUGGGAGCAUUUUUCAAGCUUUUACAAGGGGACAUUGGAGACAAGGGGAGAUGAAAGGAUUAUAUUCUGAGCUCACCACAGGGUGGCUGUCUGCUUGAGUGGAUACUGAAAGACCUUGCCAGCUCUUUCCCCCGAGCUGUUCCAGCCUGUUCCAAGAGGAUGUCAACAGCAGUGGGGAUAUUAACUACCUCUAGGGGCUGCAAACUUGAGGACAGAGGAAAGGUGGCUGUACCCAGGAGAACACAUGUUCCGUAUAGCAUUUUGGUAAUGUGGCUACAAGUCAGCGUGACCAUUUACAGAAGAUGUCGAUGAGUUUUUUGAUGUCCCUCUUUCCUCUGACCUUAAACGGUAUCUUUGGAAAACUCUCCACUAUGGCUUCAGUUGAGCCCAUUGUUUCACUCUGAAUUAAUCCUUUUGUCUGACCUUUGUUAACCAUACCUUCCUCUAACGUACACAAACACCCAUGCAGUCUCAUUUCCUCUCCCUUUCCAAGUGACCCUUGCAGCAGGAAGUGCAGUGGCCUUGCUGACGCAACAGAAAUAGCUGAGAGCUCAUAUCAGUCUUACAUUAAAGCACUUUUAAGGGGCCGGUCGAAUUUGCCCUCUCAUUAAGAAGCCAUACUCACUUUCUAACCUUAAGGGACACAUAACAUUUCUUAAGCAAAUAACGAUGUCCUGAUGACAUGUUCUGUUGGAAUACUUGAGUUAUUUCUAUGUGAAAUGGAUUCAUGGUGCAGUCAAUACAUCUGCUGUUUGUAUGGUUUUUUACUACACUCAUGACAAGUUCCCCAUACAUCAUGUUCACAUUUCUUAAAGUACUCUACUACAGAUUAACCGUGAGACAAAUCUGUUGUUUUCUAAUCAGUAUGAAUAGCACAUAAGAUUUUUCUGGAGCACAAGGAAGUGGUACUCACUCUGUAGAGGCGUACCUCUGUGCUGAUGGAUCAUGUUAGUAAAAUCUAUCAUUCCAAAAAAAAACAACAAAACUGGGCAGCAGUUCCCAUUAGAAGGCCUGCAUUGUGAACAUAGGUGAAAUUAGGACGGUGUCCACAAAGACUUUUCAUGUCAUCUGAUGUACAGCAACUUCUCCGAGCAAAAGCCAUACAUUAGAAAAAAGACAGCUGAAAUAAUGGCAAUAUUUUAGUAAUACUAUGUUAUCAGGAAUGUCCUGGAUAGUUUUGCACUUGACAGAUAGAUCAGCUUAAUAACUCACCUAGCAGUUUGUACCUUUCUUGUAUCAUUACAUUUCGAAUCAAAGAGCUAACCAUCAGUUUUUCUGAAAGGUAUAUACCAGUCAAUCUUUGAAAACCUCAAAUGCUCAUUUAACAACACUUGCUGCUGUUCUGAGGGUAUUUUCAUAAGCCUCAGAAGUCCCCCCAACCAAAAAAAGAUGGUCUUUUUAAUCUUAUAAGCAAAUGAUAAAAAAUACAAUCUUUUUAUAUUCUGGGGGCUCCGUAUUCUAACCAACCACCUGGAAAAAGACCUAUUUUGUUGGCAGCAUCAUAAAAAAGACUUCAAACCUGUUUCCUAAAAUGCAUCAUUCCUAAUCCAAACAAAGAUAAUAGCACAAAAUGUCCUUGGUAAAUUUGAACAAAGUAAACCAAAAGUAAAAAGUGUUUUAUUAGUUUUAUUUGUCUAAAUCAGCGUUAUGUUUUAUUACGUUAUAUCUCUAUACAAAAAUAUGUGUUUUUUUGUGUUUUACGAAACAAGCAAAGAUAUAUCAUUCUCAGCUAGCUGGAUACGAAACAGAGACAAAAUUUGGGAAACGGGUCAAAAAUAUUGUUUAUUGUGCAGUGGAUUGAAUACUUUUUCAGGGGCUUCAGUGGUAUUUAUUGUUUCAGAAGAACGGAUGCUUUGGGCUGUGACUCAAAUACAAUGGUAAUACAUGAGAGGCACAAACUGGAGCUAUAGUUCAUCAUGUAAACCUUACCAGAGAAGCUACCAUCUAUUUACUCAACUUUUAACAGCAUGAAGAAAGGUUAGCCUUAUUGCCGGCAAUUAUUUCUGUACUGUAGGAUCGUAUCCUGCCUGCACCCCCCCCCUUGUUGAAAUACCUGUGUAGACAUCUGUUUUUCUCUCCUUCUUGUUUGUUUCAAGAAUUCUGCUGCCUGACCUAAACUCUGCAGGCCCCAUUUCAUUUCGUAAACCUUUGGACUUGGGCCAGGUUCGGCUUUGGUUGCCAUAAAUGUUAUUUAUCAAAAAGUUCUCUUUUAUUCUCUCGGAUUGUGCCAAUUAUCUGAGUCCAUGCUUGUCGUGUGUUUCAAGUAGAUAUGCAAUGUCCAGAACGAAGGGGGAAAGAGAGGAGGUGUAGCGAAUGUGUCACAUUAGCCUGGUAAGCUAACGGUCAGUAACAUCCCAACCAAAAAGAAAACUGGGAUAUUGUCACACUCAUACUUAUGUGAAUGACGGGCAUUAUGCGGUCCACAGCACAGUUGUGCUGGCUGCCAGAUUUUGGCAUUUUCACUUCUGCUUUGUCACAUUUAGCUGCAGGUCCAAUUCUGUUCAGUAAAGUCAGCGUUUUUCUGUCCUCAACAAAGAGUCAAUGAGGUGGGACCAACUGUGAACAGGACCCUGCCUGCCGAAGUGUCCAUGAACAAGACAUUUAGUGCUGCUGUGUUCCCGAGCCUGAUGAGGGAACAGGAAACAGGAUUUCAGUCGAGCAUUUUUAAAAGUAAUGCCUUUGUUCUGAGUUCAUGUGUACACUGGAAAUGGCCCAUGACUGUCAGGGUCUCAGAUGAAGAUUAAUUAGGAGAAUGUGUGUUUUCUUUUGUGUCAUGUCCUUGGUGAUUUUGUCGUCAAGCAGUCUUUCUCAGAGGGAGCUGCAUUUUGAAUGUAAGCUCUUCCUCGUACGUCACAUUUACAUGUUGAUAACUUUGUCGGCGUCUAAUUUCAGAAGAUGUUAUGAUUACCACUGUGUUACUUCCUCUCAUAGCUGCGCAUUUACUUGUGUUUCGUUGCGUUCACUUGCACAUGAGAAAAUUAUUGGAGAAGGAAGCGGAGUUGUUUAUUAUGUACGACAGUGGAAUGAGUACAUAAGGACCAUAUUGAGUGGUUGUUGUAAUCAUGCUGUUAUGGUGCACUUUAAAGCUUCUUUAAUAUCCUCACAAUGUUCCUCUAAGGGUCAACCCUGCAGUACUGUAUUAUUUCAGCACAUUUCAGGUUUAGGCAGUGCUUUCUAAUGAAUAGUCAGAGAUUCAUCAGAUAACGAUGCGUCCAGUGUGAAAGCGAUGUUUCUACCUCAAUACAGCCUUUGUGUCACUCUGUCACUGAGAAGAACCAUCGUUGAAACAGAUUUCGUCCGCUCGCCCUCUCUAGACUGUGGCUGCCAGACUUGACAGACUUACAGACUAUCUUACCUAGUGAAGUACUCAGGGGUGACUGAAGAACGACAUUAAUACAUUAUUUACACAUGCACUUAAAUGAUGAAUUACUAGAGGUGGAGGUUAAUUAUAGUACUGUCUGUUAAUGCUGAAAAAGUGAAAACCCUCCUCCAUUAUGUCAAUGGAUGUAUCGAAUAGCACUAACAAUAUGGAUGAUUUGAGUUUUAUUGA